AUGUCGACCAAAUCGGCGGGCAUGCUGACGAGGCACAGGCCAGCCAUGUGCAGUGCUAGCGCUCGCAAGUUCGACAAGCGCUCUUUCAGCAGCACAUCGCAUUGGAGCAAGCAGCGACUCGUCAUCGUCGGAUCUGGCUGGUCCGGAUACACGCUGGCUUCCAACAUUGAUGCGCAACGAUAUGAUGUCACUCUCAUCUCGCCAAAGAGCUACUUUGCCUUCACUCCCCUGCUUGCUUCGACAGCGGUAGGCACGCUCGAGUUCAGACUAGCAUUGGAGCCUGUUCGCAAGUUCUCGCCUCAGAUCACAUUCUUGCAGGCAAAGGUAGAGAAGAUAGACCUCGCACGAGCGCAGCUAGAGUGUAUGCCUGCAACGCCGCCGGUCAAGAUUCAUGGCAUCAAGCAGAGUGGCAGCGAGCACCCGAAAGAUGCCGCUCAAGCGGAAGUCGGCAAAGUGCAAGAGGGCGCGCACGAAUCAUUCAGCUACUCGUACGACAAGCUCAUCGUUGCUUGUGGCGCCUACUCACAGACCUUUGGUAUCCCCGGUGUCAAAGAAUACGGGCAUUUCCUCAAAGACGUGACGGACGCGAGGGCGAUACGCUCGCGGAUACUCGAAUGCUUCGAGCAAGCAGCCCAGCCCAACGUGACAGACGACCAACGGCGAGCGCUCUUGCAUUUUUGUAUCGUCGGUGCAGGACCGACAGGUGUCGAAUUUGCUGCCGAGCUGCACGAUCUCCUGACGGCAGAGAUUGUGCGAUACUACCCCAGCAUCGCCCGAUUGGCACGAAUAUCGCUCUACGACACCGCUGAUCGCGUUUUGGGCACUUUCGAUCAGGAGCUGUCGGAAUAUGCCAUGUCGCGCUUCAUGCGCGAGGGCAUCCAGCUCAAGAUGAAUCACUCGGUCACGCGAGUCAACCCGAACAGCUUGGAAGUCAGGGAAGAAGGCACAGUGCCAUACGGCAUGCUCGUUUGGUCCACUGGACUGGCUGCCAAUACGCUCAUUGCCAACCUGACCGAUCAGGAAGUCAAGAAAGAUCCACGCACACAUUCGCUCCUCACAACCGACGGACUCGAGGUUUUUGAUCCCAAGGGCAAAGCCAUGGACAACAUUUUCGCCAUCGGCGAUGCCGCAGUCGUAGAAGGUCAACAUCAUCCUGCUACAGCGCAAGUCGCAAGUCAAAAGGCGAAAUACCUUGCCAAGAAACUCAACGCGAUAGCAAAAGAGCGAACAUUCAGCACACCGUUCGUAUAUCAAGACCGGGGCGUCAUGGCCUACGUAGGCGAUUGGAAAGCCCUCAUAUCGACACCCGGAGGCGGCAGCGCCAAGGGCACAGGAGCUUGGCUUGCGUGGCGAUCUGUCUACUGGAGCAUGGCAAGAUCACCGCGCAAUCUGAUCCUAGUGCCUACCUAUUGGUUCGUCGGCUGGCUAUUUGGCCGCGACAUCUCCCGCUUCUGA